AUUUAAUAAGUGUUCAUACUCUUUAUCGGUCACUUAAAAAUAGUGAUCUCAGGGAAACAUUAUUUGCAAACGCGGAAGAUAGCGCAUGCGUUUGAAGGGGAAGUUCCAAAAUGAAAGCGAAAGUAGCGUGAAGCCAAUGUUUACUGUUUUAGAAUGGCUUGGCAUUUACAAUUCAAACCUUACUGGGAUGUGAUACAACAGUACUAGUUUGAAUUGUAUUGACAGAAGUAGACAUGGAGCUAGAUGUGAAUUCAGAUAACACCACCUUGUCCAACAGUGCCAUUCAAAAUGUCUUAUCCAAUCCAGAAGUUCUACAACAGCUGAUGAUGUCACAGGCUGGUUGUCCUUCAUCAGAGAUUCAAGGAAUUAAAAUCGGAGACCGAAUAUUGCCGGUAAGAGUAUGUGACCGCGAUGGUCAAAAGAUCAUGCAGAUAGUUUUACCGGAGUCGCCAAAAAAGGACUCGUUUAAAGAAGAACCGCAGUUAUUGGAUGAUACGGUUAACUUAGACAUGCAAAACUCCGCCAAUGAUUCUAGUCAGAUAAUGCAAACAAUUGAUACUUAUAUGGAAAAUAUUAAUUUUAGUAAUCCAUCAUUGCAAGUUCUGCCAAUGCAAACUGAGUCUGUUCAGGGAAGCGGCUUAGAAUUUAUUCAAAACACGCAGGAAUAUGAAGGAAUGUUACCAUCUACAUCAGAAUUUAAUAACCAAAAUUAUUACAACACUUCAGGUUCAAUUAUGACUGAAGGGCACAUGUACACAGAUAUUAAUGAUAGUAAAAUCGAUCCUGAGCUGCUAAGCUCCUUUCAGAACUCUUUAGCACAAUCUAGUGAGAGUGAAUUUGUAGCAGGCGGUCAGUCAGGAGAUUGUAUUCCAAGUCAUGGUAUAGUUACUUCUUCACAAGAGCAGACAACUGAGUAUCUUCACACUCGUGAUAUUGUAGCUACCGCCUUUGAAGAAUCCGGUCUACUUCAAGCCACAGCUAAUGUUAUAAAUGCUGUUAAAAAUCAUUACCACGAGGAGAAACCUAAAAAGAGGAGGAAAAUAUUUGAAAGGGAACAGACACAACCUUUAAUUGUAUCCAAAAAUGCAAGAUCAUCAAAAGUUUUGUAUGCAUGCAAUUAUGGCAACUGCCAACGUAAAUUCACCAAUAAGGUUGGUUUAGAUAUACAUUUGUACACACAUACUGGUUUGAAGCCAGUUACAUGUAAAUUGUGUGAAAAAUCCUUCCUGAAUAGUAAACUGUUUGACAAGCACAAAUGUAAAUACAGCCGACCACUACAAGAAAUGAAAGGUAUGCGGUUUGAAUGUGAUAUCUGCCAGAAGAGCUUCGGAAACAUUGGUACCUUGUUUGUACAUAAGCGGGGACAUAAAGGUAUCAAACCUUACACUUGUGGUCUUUGUUCAAAAACCUUCACUCUGAAACCAUCAAUGUACAAACAUGUGAAAUCUCAUGGGUCUGAUGUCAGAUAUAAAUGCCAGACGUGUGAAGAAAUGUUUAGGUCUCCUUGGCAUCUGGAAGAACAUCUCAUGUCACAUUUGAAUGAGAAAAAGGUGUAUAAUUGUUCACAAUGCACUAAAGUCUACACAAAUUAUCCUAACUAUUGGAGACAUGUCAAAUCACAUUCUAUUAAAGGGAAAACCCGUGAAAGAGAUCUGCUUAAAUCAAAGAUCUUGACCACACCUGAAAACAUCAGUGGAGAAGGUCUGAAAUGUAAUGUCUGUAUGAAGUCAUUUACUUCUGUUGUUGGAUUUCAACAGCAUAUACAACUCCAUGGCCCAAAAAGAUACCAGUGUACUGAAUGUAAGAAAAGGUUUGUUUCCAGGGAUUAUUUGCAGAAUCACCUUCAGUGGUACAUUGCAAAAUUUGCUCUCGGCCAGACUGUUGCGGGACAUAUAAAAGUUAUUGAAAAGUACAGGGAAAGUAAUGAUUUGGACAUUGAUGAUUUUCUAGAAAUGAUCGAAAGUGAUGAGGACAAUAACUCUAUAUAUAACAAUGAAGGAGAUCCACAAGGAGAAGAGACAUCUAAGACGUACCUAUGUGACAUGUGUGGAAACUACUUCUUCACCGAAAGGGCCCUGACUAGGCAUAUCAAGUUCCAUAAUGAUAUUCCGUACAAAUGCAGUUACUGUGACAAGAAGUUUAGCUUCCGUGCAAACUUAAUGCGGCAUGAACUUACACAUACAGAUACUAAAGAAUAUGAGUGCAACCUCUGCGACAAAUCAUUUACUCAGAAAUCUAGAUUAGAAGAUCAUAUCAAAUCUCACUCAGCAAUCCGUCCGUAUCCUUGUAAUCUUUGUAAUAAGAAGUUUAGUAGGAUCUCCAAUUUACGAAGACACAAGCAGCUUCAUUCUGUUGAGAAAAAGUAUGAAUGUCCUGAAUGUAAGCGAAGGUUUGUCUGUCCACGAUACUUGAAGGAGCAUGUUAUAAAUGUUCAUACUUCAAUGGGAAGGAGAAAACGUGAAUGUCCAAUCUGUAAAGUAAUGCUAAGUGGAAAUUCUAACUUGAACCGUCACCUUAAUUUACAUUAUGGAACCAACGAUCAAAAUAAGAAAUUAGAAUGUGAAAUUUGUCACAAGCGGUUUGAAUUUAAUAGUGAUAUGGAAAUACAUUUGAGAUCACAUACUGGUGAAAAACCGUUCUAUUGUGAAACAUGUUCCAAAAGUUUCAUGUCCAUGUCAAACCUCCGCCGUCACCAGACUACACAUGUGCAAUCAAAAUCUCAUGUUUGUGAAAUUUGUGGAAAAGCUUUCAAAAUUGAGCGAUACCUGAUAGAUCAUAGAAAGAUACACACCAAUCCGUGCAAAGUGACAUGUGAAAUUUGCAAUAUGAGUUUUUCAUCAAAUACAAAUAUGAAACGGCACAAACUUAUACACAGUGGAGAGAAACCGUACAUUUGUGAUAUCUGUAACAAAGCAUUUCGUAGCAAGCCAGAUGUGGAACGACAUCGCGGAAUUCAUUUCAAAGAGAAAUCGGAACAAUGCCAUAUCUGUUCUAAGAAAUUCAAACAUAAAGAACUAUUGAGGAGACAUUUAGGUAAACAUGAACGUGGUGUUCCAACAUGUGAUGUCUGUGGUAAACAGUUUCCGACAAACUACAAGCUCCAUCGUCAUCAGCAAACUCAUCAGGAUAAUUUCAUAUGUAAUGUUUGUGAAACUACAUUUAAAACAAGCCUCCAGUUACAAAAACAUGUGGAAACUCAUGACAUUGCGGAAAUGAGAAAGCUUCUGUUAAAUAUGGGAUCAAUGAAAAAUACAGGAAACAGUCCGGUAAAAGAUUCUAAACCAACAAUGAGAAUUAAACAAACAGGAACAGUCAAAACUGAACCAAAUGCAGCUAAUAGUAAGAAGAAAUUAACAGUUCAACCUGUAUCCAUGACAAACUUGCCAUUGCUAGCUCCCAAUGUUAACUCAGCUGUUACCCCAAUCAUAACUGUCUCACAGAUUCCAAUCUCAGGAGCUUUAACUAAUGUCAUCAGCAUCAAAGAUAUUAGCCAGAUAAAUAUGAACUGAAUAUAAAUGUCAUCAUCAUGCGAAUAUGUCAUGUUUAACUUAAAAUCCAGAUCAUUUUAGUGUGAAAUCAAGAAAAAGGGUUGACAAGUAUUUCAUUCCAUUAUGUUACUGUAAAUUCUAAAAUAUUUGCAACAUGAUAGAUUUUCACAAAAAUGAUUACGUACAUGUACAUAUGAUUUUAAUAUCAUAUAUAGUUUCUAUG